GUCCGCGGGGUGGGGGACGAAGGCCCCGGCAACGCACCGGGGCGACCUCUACGUCGCUCCCCACCUGGCUCAUCGGGUCUGCAGGCCAAGGCCGCCGCCUCCCAGGGCACCAGAUGGCCUCGGAAAGCCUGGAGAGGGAGCUGGCGGCGGUGCUGGGGGGUCAGGGGCUGUGCGUGCAGAGCUGUGACUCGGAGCCGGCUGGGGAGCUGCCGGCACCGGUGAGGCUGCGGAGGAACGUCUGCUACGUGGUGCUGGCCGUGUUCCUCAACGAGCAGGACGAGGUGCUACUGAUCCAGGAGGCCAAGAAAGAGUGCCAUGGGUCGUGGUACUUGCCCGCGGGGAGAAUGGAGCCUGGGGAGACCAUCGUGGAGGCGUUGCAGCGGGAGGUGAAGGAAGAGGCUGGGCUGCACUGUGAGCCUCUGACACUGCUGUCUGUGGAGGAGCGGGGCCCCUCCUGGAUCCGCUUCGUGUUCCUUGCUCACCCCACAGGUGGAGUUCUCAAGACUUCCAAGGAGGCAGAUGCAGAGUCCCUGCAGGCUGGCUGGUACCCGCGAACCUCCUUGCCCACUCCUCUGCGAGCCCAUGAUAUCCUGCACCUGGUUGAGCUGGCUGCCCGGUACCGCCAGCAGGCCAGGCACCCUCUCAUUCUGCCUCAAGAGCUUCCCUGCAGUCUUGUCUGUCAGCGGCUGGUGGCCACUUUUACCAGUGUCCAGACGGUGUGGGUGUUGGUGAGCACAAUGGGGGUGCCUCACUUGCCCAUCACUGCUUGUGGUUUCACCCCCAUGGAGCAGAGGGGUGGCAUCAAGAUGGCCAUCUUGCGACUGCUACAGGAGUGUCUGACUCUGCACCACUUGGCAGUGGAGACGAAGGGGUUGCUUGGACUACAGCACCUGGGUAAAGACCAUACAGAUGGCAUCUGCCUCAAUGUGCUGGUAACAGUGACUUUUCGGAAUGCAGGUAUCCAAAAUGAGCCCCCAAAGGUUUGGAGUGAGAACUUCUUUUGGUGGAAGGUGGAAGAAGACCUGCAAAGCCAGCUCUUACAGAGGCUUCAGGAAUCAUCUGUUGUCCCAGUGAAUAGAUAGAAAGGUGCCACGAGUGGACAAGGAGCUGCCAUCUGUGCUGCUUCCACCAUGGUUUCACCUCCCUCUUAGGGAGGCAGGAGUUUGGCAUCAGGGAUCCUGUUGUAUUGGAAGCAGAACAGUUUUCCUGCUUCUCAGAGGGACUUUUAUCUCUCACCGCAGAGCAGGACACUACAUUGCACCAGAAGGGACAGCGCCUUUAACCAAGCAAGGAGGCCAGAGCUCAAGGACCCAGCUGCCUGGAGGCAAAAUGAGGGCACUGCUCACUAAGGGGGAUGUGAAAACUUUCUGACCCAGAGACAGCAUCUUUUUAUUUUCUGCACCAGAUUCUCAGGCACUAAGAAUAUGGAGGGGGGCGGGUGUCACUACAGAAGAAUGGACCCCUUGCUGAA